GACCAGGCUGGCCACCCGGAGCCCCGCCGCCAUGAGGUACCCCCUGGUCCCGCUGGUGAACGACCUCACCUUCUCCUUCCUAGCCUUGUGGCUCUGCCUGCCCGUGAGCCUACUGCUCUUCCUGCUGAUCGUCUGGUUCUGCUUCCUGCUCAGCCAAGAUUCCGAGGAAAAUGACAGAGAGUUCCGCUUCAACUGGGAGGCCUGGAGGAAAGGCUGGGAGGAGAUGUUCCGCGGCCAGGAGGAGGAGAGGCAGGCCUGGUGAGCACAACGGCCAGCCCACUGUGACCCUCUACCAGCUUCCCGCCUGCUUCCAGCUUCAUUUCCCGGAAGUCGGAGGCGCUGCAACAAUGACCAAGGUGGACAGGAAGAGGACUCUGGAGAAACAUAUGCUCCCCAGAAACCCCCAGAUCAUCUCCUCCACCGAUGGACACCCCCAGGUCUCCAGGGAACCGAACACCAUCUCCCAGGCCCCGGGUGACCCGUGGCUGUGAUGAUCUAUGUUGGCCUGGGGAGAAGUGGCCGAGGGCCCUCACCCCAAGGAGGCCUCGCAAUGGCGCUGGGCUACUCGACCCGGGUUUCCAGAACCAAGGGGACCCUGACCAGCCUGCUGGCCUGACUACGUCCGCACUCACAGGACUGUGCCUAGGUCACCCCAUCCCUUUGGGAACCCCAGGCUCUUUCCCCUGUCCCCAUCCUUGCCAAGGGAUGGGGGUCGUCCUCUGAACUUCCACUCUCAGAUUCCAAACUCAAGCACAAUCCGCUUUCGGGCUGAUUUAACCACAAAUUUCUGUUCUAUAAAGCACCUCUGAGCAUCUGA